CGCGCCCAAACCCAGUCGGGGGUCGGAGGAGAAGCGCGCGAUGUAAACAGUUCGCGACUAGACAGCGAAGAGAGCGGAACGCGCAGCGCUCACUUGUUCUUCCGGCUUGCUGCGAUUGACACGACGGUGACUGGACUGGCAGUCGGUUGUUGGAUCUUGGAUCGUCUCAGUGCGAUGUGGUGGUUGUGACAGUUGAUCUUGUUGGAUUAUUUAUUGAUGGUUGUUGGUGUUGUGACUGGGAACGAGAGAAGAGCGGUACGAUGAGAAGUAAAAGUGUACCCGUGAAUAUUUUCAUCAGGAAAAUCAACACGUUUUUGGGGGAAGGAGGCGAGGAAGGCUCCCCCGAGGAGGGCGAGGAGGACAAAGCAGAGGGUGAGGACGACCUCGAGUCGAUGAGCCCCGUGUCCGCCGGCGGCCACGACGACGAGGGCUGCUCGCCGCCCCCAGGAGGGUUGCUGACCCCCACGAGCCCCCGGUCCUUCCACGAGGACCUCGACGUUCGAAGGGACCUCCGAUCCAGGUGCAACUCCCGCGACUCGACCGACUCGCCCCCUCCUCAAUCCCCAUCGGGCGAGUCGAUGAUGUCCGAACGAGCUGCCCUCCUCCGAGGCAUUCCUUUGGGCACGUCCCUGAGCCCAGUCGGCGUGGCUCUGCCCCCCUCUCUACCCGCAGCAGCCUUCCUGCCGCCCCAAUCCGCAGCAAUGGCCGCCUACCUCAACGCCGCCGCCGCUGUAGCCCAGCAGUCGCACCGACUCAUGAUGACGUCACCCCUGCCGCCAGCUUAUGGUACCUCUUCUAUGAUCUCCUCAACAUCACCUACAGGUGGUUAUAAUCACUCGCCUGUGGAGCAGUCGCUGCAAUCGCCUACAGGCGAGGGCAUACUGGAUUUCAGCAAGCGCACGCAGCAGAACAGCGACAGCGACUCUGACGGAGCCACGUUCAGCAAGCCUCACAGCGAAGUAGGCGGAAGCUCCCCUUUGGACCUCUCGGUUACUAGCCGAAAACGCACCAACGAGGAACCCCUAUCGUACUCGCAACAACGGAAACCACGCACCGACUACAAAUCUGCGAUACCUCAUUGGCCGUCACCCAUAGGAGCUUCACACUUACCCUAUUUCGCAGCCGCAGUCGCCGCAGCUGGUCUAUCUUCCCCGAAACCCAACGCUGCAGAACUCUGGAACGGAAAGAUGAAACAAGGGCCCCCAGUACCAAAUGACGCUACUAAAGCUCUAGAGAAGAUGAGUGAGCUGAGCAAACUAGGCGGUGACGAACUUUUCCGGAGCAUGGGAGGUUCAGCCCCAAGUAACUCGGCCACCAACCGACACAGCGCUUGGCAAUCUCACUGGUUGAACAAGGGCGCUGAGCAAGCUAAAGACGUUCUCAAAUGCGUUUGGUGCAAGCAGAGCUUCCCCAGUCUAGCAGCCAUGACCACCCACAUGAAAGAAGCCAAACACUGCGGCGUCAACGUACCAGUCCCUCCAAUGCAGUCGAACAAUCUGAUACCGCAACCGCAAAUCACUUCGCCUUCUAACACCAACACCAGCAACUCCUCUUCGAGUUCCAACAAGCCCAAUCAAAACGAUCUCAACAUGCUGAUCAAGGAAACCAUGCCGCUGCCUAGAAAGCUUGUUCGCGGGCAAGAUGUCUGGUUAGGCAAGGGAGCCGAGCAAACCAGGCAGAUUCUCAAGUGCAUGUGGUGUGGCCAGAGUUUCAGAUCUCUUGCCGAGAUGACCAGCCACAUGCAACAGACGCAACACUACACCAACAUCAUCUCGCAAGAGCAGAUAAUCUCUUGGAGAUCCACGGAUGAUCCGAAAGGUGGCGGCGGUGGAGGUGGACAUUCGGGUUCGGGGCCUCCGCCAGGCGGCGCCAGUAGCCACGUGAGCGCCGUGCUCACCUGCAAGGUUUGUGAUCAGGCGUUUAGCUCGCUGAAGGAACUGAGCAAUCAUAUGGUGAAAAACUCGCAUUACAAAGAGCACAUCAUGAGAUCGAUCACGGAGAGCGGCGGAAGAAGGCGACAAACGAGGGAGAAGCGAAAAAAGAGCUUGCCGGUUAGGAAGUUGCUCGAGCUGGAAAGGGCGCAGCAUGAUUUCAAGAACGGUGAUAGUGGCAUACUGGAGAAAAUGCGGGAAGCAGCUGGAGCCGGUAGGAUAACGUGUGAGAAGUGCGGCAACAAGAUCGAAACGUCUCAAUUCGUAGACCACAUAAGGCAGUGCGUUGGAGGCAUGACGACCAAUCAAAGGAACUUCCUGAAAAGCGCGCUGAUGUCCAGCAACAUUCUACCUCCGGAGAGCCCGAACAGGGAAAAGAUCAAAACACCCAACACGGAGAAAUCUUCGUCCCCGCAACAGUCACCCUCGGUGAACGAAGUCAAUUCGAAAGAAUCACCUGCCGCAAGCGAUAACAACAACGGUUCUUCCCCGUCCGUACUCAACGCCAUAGAGAAACUGAUCGAGAAAAGCUUCGACUCGAGGUCGCGGCAAAACCCGAACUUUCCUGGUCACGGUCCCGCUCAAACCCCUAUGGGUAGCAGCAUACUGAAACGCCUGGGUAUCGACGAGAGCGUCGACUAUACCAAACCCUUAGUCGACGCCCAAACCAUGAACCUUCUACGAAGCUAUCACCACCAGCAGCAGAGCCACCAUUACGCGCGCAGGGAACGUAGCGGGAGCGAAUCUAGCUCCAUGUCAGAGAGGGGUAGUAGCAGGGUCGAAUCUCUUACCCCGGAGCGGAAAAUGGACCCACCGGGUAUACCGAUAACGAAUACUCCAAGGUCCACUCCCGACAUCAAAAGAGAAAAGUCACCGUUGAUGGAGAAACUGAAUAGUACCAGUGAAGGCGAUAGCGAGCAGUUGGUGGUCAAGAAAGAAAUGGAUGAUGAGGAGAAAGUGUUGAGGGAUCAGACGGAGGUUAAAGUGAAGCGGGAGAUGGACGAGCAAGAAGAGGAAGAGCGACGCAGCUUCCAUAGCAACGGGGACAUUUCCAAAGAGGACGCUAGUCCGCAGCGAACGGACGCUCACAGCCCUGGAAGAAACUCUAUGAGCAGUCCGACGAGCAGCGAACGAUCUGCCACCCCCAGAAGCACUAACAGCGAUAAAAAACCAACGGGGGGCGGCAGCCUAGGGGCCCUGAGCUCGAUGUUCGACAACCUGUCGGGAUCGAACGCGACGAGCGAGGCGAACCAAUCAGGUAGCAAACGGGGCUCUAGCCACCCGUUAGCGGCCUUACAGAAGCUAUGUGAUAAGACUGAAACGCAUCCCAACAACAGGGGUGUUUCUUCGGCCACGGUGGUCAACCCUAGCGUCAGCUCUAGCACCACCACGACGACCAGCGGCAGUUCCACCCCUGGGGCCAUCUUGGCCUUCAGCUGGGCUUGCAACGAUGCCGUGAUGACUUCGGACUCGAUCAUGAAAUGCGCUUUCUGCGAUACGCCCUUCAUUUCCAAGGGCGCGUAUAGACAUCACCUGUCGAAGAUGCAUUUCGUGAAGGACGGGGUGAUUCCGGAUCCCGUGGCUCUCAAGUCGCCGCAGGCUAGUUCUUCCAGUGCGGGGGUGCCUUUGAAGAGUACUUCGGUGCUACCACCGAGCAUGCCAAGCGCGUCCGGUUCCGGGGGGGCUAAAAGUCCGCCGGCCGCGGGGGGGUUCGAGGAGAGUCCCCAUUCGAAGUUUCUCAAGUACACGGAGUUGGCCAAACAGUUGUCUAGUAAAUAUGUGUAGAUAGCGUUCGUUCAGUGAGUACAUUCCUAUUCUGUAAAGUUGAAGAUAGUCUUGAAGGCAUAUGACCGCUGUGAGCGGUAUUUUGUGAUGUUAUCAUAUCGUAAUACAACCAAUAAUUUAUGAAGUAGGGCAAUACAGUACAUAUAUAUUCAAUGAUUACAAAAAAUGUCGAGUGAUUUUAAUUGUUAUACGAAUUUCAAGUCACAGAAUGUAAAUAUUACAAACAUAAAUCAGUAUUGUAAGUAUGUAUACUAUUAGGAUUUAAGUACCGAAUCAGAUGCUGAGAUCGCUAUUCAAUAGUUCUGAUGUGUCAAAAAAAUGAAAUGUACGUACUAAACAAUUUUGGUGUCUGUUUCGGUUUGGAAUUCAAUACGAAUCCUGUCCUGAAUUUUAAAUGUAAAAAAUAUAGUUGUUGGUCGAAUAAAACCGUAAGUUUCUGAAAGUACUAAAAACGUAGUUGUGAAGAACCAUCGAUUGAAUUUUCUCUAUCGACUAUCCAUUCGUUUUGAAUGCUAUAAGUUUCAAAAGAAUAAAACACUAAGUAUACGUAUGUCGUAAACAUUUCAUCUUCCAUGAAAGUUCUCAGAUGACUAUUUAUCAAUAAUCAUUAUAUUAUACCGAAUAAUUAAAAAAAUGUAUACGCAAUUAGCUGAUAUUCAUGGCGAAGCUCUUUUUAUGUUUUGGAAAAUUUAACUUGAUUUGAUAUUUUGUUGUAUUUGAUCGCGAUAAAAG